UGGCUUUCAGUCAGGUUGAGAAAAUAUCAAGCAAUGGCUCAUUUUGUGUCUACAUCGUUGGCGGCCUUUGUCGUGAUUGUGCUGGUCCACUGUUGCAGAGAGUGCCACGCAGUGGAGUUUCGUUCGGCGGGCCCCGACCGCCCUCUGGAGGUUGUAGACAUUGAGGACGAGGUGGACAGCUCUGAGGACUUCCGUCUGGUGGGCCCCAGGCAGCCCCUGGAGGUGUUGGUGGGUGAGGACGUGGUGUUGCCGUGCUCCCUGGACCCGCGCAUCAACGCCGCCGACUUCACCGUGCAGUGGACCACCUUCGCCUACGACGAGCCCACCAACAAGGUCCACGUGCACCGGAACGGCCGCGAGCACAACCGGGAGCAGAUCGACUCGUUCCGGGGCCGCACGGCGCUGUUCCUGGAUCAGCUGCAGGAAGGCAACGUGUCGUUGAGGCUCAGCCAGACAAGAAUGAUGGACACCAGGACAUACAUCUGCAUCGUGCUGCAGUCCAGCACCAGACAGCGCUACGCAGUCGUGCCACUCACAGUCAGAGCCAAAGGGUCCGUCCCCGAGAUCUCCGUCGAGGCGUGUGAAGCCGACGGCUGCAAGCUGGUGUGCAGGUCUCACGGGUGGAGCCCCAAGCCGGCCGUCGACUGGCUGGACGGCAAGAAGAUCAAGCUGACCACCGACGCGGCCACCUCCGAGUGGGACCCAGUAGGGGGCGUCAGUGUGCGCCGCACCCUCAUAGCGCAGCCCGGCGACACCUACACCUGCAGGGUGGCCUACAAGGACCACAUACAGCACGCAGACGUGCACAUCUGUAAUUUCACGCUAGUGGGUCCUGGUAGCCCCCUGCUGGGCGAAGCGGGACAAGACGUGGUUCUGCCCUGCUCACUCUCCGCCCACGUUGCCGUCGGCGACGCGGAGCAGCUGUCCGUGGUGUGGUACAGACUCCAAGACUCCACCCAGACACACAUCCACGUGCACAGCGAUGGGGAGGACCAGACGGAGGAUCAGGACCCGGCAUACCACGGACGCACUUCCCUGUUCCGAGACCAGAUCGCCGGGGGUAACCUGUCUCUGAAGCUCAGCUCCGUCAGGCUGUCGGACGCUGGACGCUACCAGUGCACCGCGGACGCAGGAGACGGGAACCAUGACAACACUGAUAUGGAGGUCCAAGUCAGAGCUGUAGGUACGCCGCCUGUGAUCUUCACCGACCGACGCGGAAAAACACAACUGAGUCUACGCUGCGUCUCCAGUGGGUGGAGCCCAAAGCCUGAUGUUGAUUGGCUGGAUGCCGAGGGGCGGAGCCUGCCCGCAGAGACCACGGAGACGUGGUUGGAGCCGGAGGGCUUUAGGGUGGAACGGCGCCUCCUGGUGGAUAAGAAGUGGAACGACAGCAGCAGCUACCACUGCAGACUCAGCCAGAUGGGCCUGGUCAGAGAGACACACAAGAAUGUCACAGAUGAUGAUGAGGAGGAGAAGGGCACAGUGUUCAGCCCAAAGAUGAUUAUUGCUGCUGUGUGCAUCCCAGUGACUAUAGCCGUAGUCACCAUCUUCAGAGCCAGAGGACCUGGAGGACUGCGGGAGAGAGGAGCACAGGCUCUUAUGAGAGCCUUCAGGGGGAGAAGCAGAUCACAUCUCUGGAUCCUUCUCUGCAGUGGGGUAGUGGCAUGUGCAUCCACAGGUAAUUUCACGCUUGUCGGCCCUGGUAGCCCCCUGCUGGCUGAAGUGGGACAAGACGUAGUCCUGCCCUGCUCACUCUCCGCCCACGUUGCCGUCGGCAACGCGGAGAAGCUGUCCGUGGUGUGGUACAGACUCCAAGACUCCACCCAGACACACAUCCUCGUGCACAGCGAUGGGGAGGACCAGGACCAAGCGUAUCGUGGACGCACGGCCCUGUUCCGAGACCAGAUCGCCGGGGGUAACCUGUCACUGAAGCUCAGCUCCGUCAGGCUGUCGGAUGCCGGACGCUACCAGUGCACCGCGGACGCAGGAGACGGGAACCAUGACAACGCUGAUAUGGAGGUCCAAGUCAGAGCUGUAGGUACGACGCCAGUGAUCUUCACCGACCGACGCGGAAAAACACAACUGAGUCUACGCUGCGUCUCCAGUGGGUGGAGUCCGAAGCCUGAUGUUGAUUGGCUGGACGCCGAGGGGCGGAGCCUGCCCGCAGAGCCCAUGGAGACGUGGUUGGAGCCGGAGGGCUUUAGGGUGGAACGGCGCCUCCUGGUGGAUAAGAAGUGGAACGACAGCAGCAGCUACCACUGCAGACUCAGCCAGAUGGGCCUGGUCAGAGAGACACACAAGAAUGUCACAGCUCCAGAUGGUGACAAGGAGAAGAAGCCAGCAGGUCUCCAGUGGGGCGUUGCCAUGGCAGUAGUGUGCAGCUCCGUGACUGUAGUCGCAGUUGUGGUCGCCAGAAGCAGAGGAUCUGGGGGUCUCCGGGAGAAGGCAGCGUGUGCUCUUAUGAAACUCUGCAGGGGGAGAUGCAUAUGCAGAAAUGAGUCCCCGAAGACCGCUCCGACGAUUGCCUCCACACCAUCAUCCCUCGACAAUCACACACACACCCAAAAACACAUAGGUUAACUGGCACUAUAGGUACGCACAGGUUAGCCAGCACUAUACGUACACACACACACACACACACACACACACACACACACACACACACACACACACACACACACACACACACACCAUACAGGUUAGCCAGUACUAUACAUAUGUACACACACACACACACACACACACACACACACACACACACACACAGAGACAGGUUAACCAGCACUAUACCUACACACACAGGUUAACUAGCACUACACACACACACACAUCCAAAAACAGACAGGUUAACCAGCACUAUACGUACACACAGGUUAGCCAGUACUAACACACAUACACGCACACACACACACAAACAGGUUAACCAGCACUAUACGUACACACACACACACACACACAGACAGAGGUAAGCUAGCACUAUACAUACACACACCCAGGUUAAAGCAACACUAAGCACUUUUCCUUUGUUGCACGCAUGCUAUUUGUUUACCAGCAAAUACCGAUAGAGGAGAAUGCAGAAGUGCCGUUCACUCGGUUACGAGUUGAUGAACCGCUGACAUGAUUUUGGAAACCUUAUUUUAAGGUACAAAAAACUCAUUAGUGUUGCUUUAACCAGCACUAUGCGUACGCACACACACACACACACAGGUUAACCAGCACUACGUACACACACACACACACACACACACAGGUUAGCCAGCACUAUACGCGCACACACACACACACACACACAGCACUAUAAGUACACACUACAUACAGGUUAGAAAGAAUUCUCCAUCAAAAAAUGUCAGAGGCACAGCUGUGCCACAUCAAUGUUAUUUUUCUCUUUGCCCCAUAUCUGUGGUUGAAGUGAGUUUUGCCUUGUUAUGUUGUGUACACACACACUCACUGCCCAAUAUCAACGGUUGAAGUGAGUUUUGCAUGAAUGUUGUUUCAUUGUAAUUAUAUGUAACAUUAUGCCAGUUUGCUGUUGGUUGUAUUGUUCCAUUUGUUGGUGUUUGUCCGUGAAUGCAAUUCUAAAUAUCUAAUAUUGCUCACCCAAAACUGAGUGAUGUAAAUUAAGUGUUGUUACCCCUGUGCUAUGUGUUGUCAUUAUGUGUCUUAUAUGUGAGCAUACCAAAACACAUUCCUAUCAAUUGUAUUUCAUACUGUUGAAAUGGCUAUAAUAAACUUGAACUUGAACUUGAA